AUGGAUGUUGGUGGCAUAUUAAAAUAUAAUCAUUUAGAAUGGGUUCAACAUCGUAUGGAUAUUGAACGGAUGAAAUCAUCCGCUACCGUAAUUGCUCAGUCAUUGAGCGAAUUUGGUCGUUGCCUGAAAGAAACCGAACUUCCUAAUGAUGUCGAGACAACAGCACGAAUUCUUGAAAUACAAACUGCUGAACGUGAUGCUAUAAAGGAAGACUUUCGAAUAUCCAUACGGAAAGGAUUAUCACUGUUACGACACGUCAGACAAUUGGAUGUUAAACCGGAACAUGAACAACUUAGUCCAACCAGACUUCACAAUGUGACAGCAAUUGAAAGAAUGCUUGUGCAGUUGGAAGAAACGGAACGAAGUUUUGAUACAUUUUGGAUGAAACACGAAAAACGUCUUACGCAAUGUUUGAAUCUUCGACGAUUUGAAGAUUCAUUUAGAAAGGUGAACUAA